AUUCUGGAAGCUCUGCAUAUGGCAAUAUUUAUAAAGCAUAUUCCAUUUUCCAUAUGCAUGCCGAAGAAGAAGAGAGGGUCCAUCAUCUGCCCCUCAACUUGGAAUCCUAGAUACAGCUUUCUCUCUUUUUCUCUGUUCUUUUCUUUCUAAUAGCAUUUCACUUCUUCAAAUAAACCGAACAAAACCCGAAAUGGAGAGCGCUUCUGAGCUGGUCCCUUUCCCGUUACUUCAAACUCCGAUCGAAUCAAACUACAGGGCAUGCACCAUUCCCUACAGAUUCCCCUCGGACAAUCCCAGAAAAGCCACCCCUGCUGAGGUUUCUUGGGUCACCCUAUUUGUCAAUUCCAUUCCUUCUUUCAAGCAACGAGCUGAGACUGAUCCUACUGUCAUUGAUGCUCCUGCUAGAGCUCAAAAAUUUGCUGAAAGGUAUGCUGAGAUACUUGAGGACUUUAAGAAAGAUCCAGAGAGUCAUGGCGGCCCACCUGAUUGCAUUCUUCUUUGCCGAAUUCGUGAGCAAAUCCUUAGAGAACUGGGAUUCAGAGACAUAUUUAAAAAAGUCAAGGAUGAGGAGAAUGCUAAAGCUAUAUCCUUGUUUGGAGAUGUAGUUCGUCUUAACGAUGCUAUCGAAGAGGAAGGGAAGCGCCUAGAGUCUUUGGUUAGGGGAAUAUUUGCAGGAAACAUAUUCGAUCUUGGUUCAGCAAAGCUUGCUGAGGUCUUCUCAAGAGAUGGCAUGUCCUUUUUGGCUAGUUGUCAAAACCUUGUCCCACGACCUUGGGUUAUUGAUGACUUGGAAACGUUCAAAGUGAAAUGGAGCAAGAAACCUUGGAAGAAGGCCGUCAUUUUUGUUGAUAAUUCUGGUGCUGAUAUAAUUUUGGGCAUUUUACCAUUUGUAAGGGAGUUACUCCGUCUUGGAACUCAGGUUGUGUUGGCUGCAAAUGAUUUACCAUCAAUCAAUGAUGUAACUUACAGUGAACUGAUUGACAUCAUUGCAAAGUUGAAGGAUGAAAGUGGGAAGCUCAUGGGUGUUGACACUUCAAAUCUUUUUAUUGCCAACUCUGGCAAUGAUUUGCCGGUUAUUGAUCUUGCAAGAGUAUCACAAGAGCUUGCCUACCUAGCUAGUGAUGCAGAUCUAGUUAUCUUGGAAGGCAUGGGUCGUGGAAUUGAGACAAAUCUCUAUGCUCAAUUUAAAUGUGAUUCCCUAAAGAUUGGAAUGGUGAAACAUCCUGAGGUUGCCCAGUUUCUUGGAGGUCGACUCUAUGACUGUGUCUUCAAAUACAAUGAAGUUUCUAGUUAAUGCUCAUUCUUUUCCUGUACUUUUAACACAACUAAUUCUGUGUUGGUCAUUUGAUAUUCAUAGUAUUAGGUCAUAGCACCUAGAAACUUAAA